AUGAAAUGGCUACUACUAAUAUUACUAUUUAUCUCCAGUCAUGUAAUAGCUUUCACUAGUCAAAAAGCAAGAAACAGAAUCAUAUUUGAAGAUGUCUCAAUUCCAAUUGACGUGGCUAAUAAAUUAGUCCAAUUAAACAACCAUAUAACUGAAAAAGGUCAAUUUGAAAUAAUGCAAAAUAAUCAACAAUCAUUUUUAUGUCAUAUACCCACAGAAAGGACUAUCAACAUCACAAGACCAAUUUCAACCAUCCCAAUUCCAGAAUUAAAACAAAAAGCUAUGCUGGCCAUACAAGAAACUUUUGAUGACGGGAAUUGUUCAUUUGCAUUAUUAAAUUAUUGGACAUUAGGUUAUUGUUUUGGAGAUAAAGUAAUGCAAUUUCAUGAAGAUGCAAAAGAUUUCUUGAGUGGGAACCAUAAAGCUCAAUUACCAAAUCAUGUAUAUAUUUUAGGUAAAUUCCCUAAUGUUGUUUCAUACAAAAAAACAAGAAUCAAAAAUCAAAUGAGAGGACAGAAAGUUGUUUUGAACCCUAAUGACUUUAUUAUAUUUGAAGGUGAAUAUAGUUAUUUUGGGGAUAAUGAUGUUGAUACUUCAACAAAUACUCAAAAGUUCUUGAAGCAUACUUUGUUAGAUGGUGAAAUGUGUGAUUUAACUUUACAACCAAGAUCAAUUGAUAUAGUUUAUAAAUGUGAUGAAACUUAUAAAAAUGCAGGUAUUUUGGAAAUGCAAGAAAUUAAAACAUGUCAAUAUCAAAUGAUUGUCAAUGUUCCCAAAUUAUGUCAAAUCGAAGAAUUCAGAAAAAAUGUUAUACAUGAUAGUGUUGUUGAUGUUAAUUGUAAAAACAUUGAUGAUACUAAUACUUUUGUGGAUAACAAUGUUACUUAUGAAAAAUUUUUUAAAUUCAAUAAACAAAUCACUGGUAUUGAGAAGAAAGUAGAUCUAAAUAACUAUUAUUUAAAUGUGUUAGGUGAUGGUUUCAAUAUUGGAAGUCCAAAAAUAAAGUAUACAUCAGAUCAUCCCUAUGGCAAUAGAUUAAUUAUUGUAAAUUCAAAAUACGAAAAAAAAGAAGAUAUUUUAAACAAAUUUGGUGAACUAUUUGUUUCAGCAUUGGAAAGAAAGCUCCCAUCCCCAAUCAUGGUUAGUGAAAAUAUUGCAACUACUUUAAACUGGAAAGAUAGUUUUAUAAUGUGGAAUGAAAUUUAUGAUAUAUUUGGCAAUUAUUUGGGUGUUUACAGAAUAGAAAGAGAUGGAUCACUUGAGAAAAGACAAAUAAGUAUACAAAAAGUUGAUUUAACAACGGGUAAAGAUCAAGAUAAUAUAGAUGUGAAUAUUGAUUAUUUACAAAACCCCAAUGCCAAAUGGAAUUAUGAGAAAUUUAAUCGACCAGAAACAAAAAAUUGA